AUGGUAUGUUGAUCUCCCCCUUUGUAAGAUCGUGAGACCCUGUCGUUCAAUUUGGCAUCACAUGUACUAACUUCUGACACCAGGACACCAAAACCCCAGUUACAUUAGCUAAAGUUAUCAAGGUCUUAGGUAGAACCGGUUCAAGAGGUGGUGUCACCCAGGUCAGAGUUGAGUUCUUGGAAGACUCAACCAGAACCAUCGUCAGAAACGUCAAGGGUCCAGUCAGAGAAAACGACAUCUUGUGCUUGAUGGAAUCUGAAAGAGAAGCCAGAAGAUUGCGUUAA